AUGAUAGAACAAAAAUUUAACAAAUAACCUACCCCCAGAGUGGUCAUUUUUAAAGAUGAAAUAAUGCCCAAGCCUAAAAUUAUGAACCACAGGAAUCUAGCAAGUUUGAUGAAAUCUGAUAGAAUUUUCCCUCUAAAUCUGAACAACAAGAAGGCAGAAAAUAGUCUGAAGAUUAAAGGAUUGCUAGAAUAAAAUUAGGAUGAACCAGCUGCAAAGGAUAAUUUAUACGUGGAUAUUCUGAAUAAAUUGGGCAUAAGAAAACAUAAUAUGAGAAGGGAUUCUAAGCCAAAGCUCUAACUGGCUGAUUAAUUGGAUGCUUUGCAAUAGAAAAACGGGAUUAAGUCUAGCAGGCAUUAAGAGAACAGAAAUUAUACUCCACUCGGGCAUCAUGAAAUUAAAGAUAACUACAUACAUCACUAUAUUGCAAAAGAUGAAAGCAUGUCUAAUUUCCUUAAGUAAGCAUUCCACAAGAGAGAAUAAGUGGCUAUUAAGAGCUAAAACAUUCUGAAUAAGUCUACACUACAUAAUCACCACACAUUCAAUAACAGUUCAACUAUUAAUAAUCUGGAUAGUAGUCACCUUACUUCACAGAAAGCAUUUCUGACUGACAUCGCACAAGAGGGUCAUACCUUGUCAAAUUAGGGCUCAUAGUAAGAAUUAGGUACUCUGCCUAAAAUAAGGAUUAGAAGUGAAUAUUCUCCAUCAAACAUCGAUAAGAGGAAAAAUGAAGGAAAGCUAUUUGGAUUUAAUCUCAACCAGAAUUAGGCAGUCUCAGGGGGUCACACAAUGUUUCAAAAAUCUCCAAACCAGAGCAGUUUACUCUUCAAUGCUAAUGGUUCUCCAAGUUUUAUGUCAUUUUUCAAAGAUAGCAGACGUCAUUUAAAGAAAGUUCAGUAAAAAUCACAUGAAACGUCUAGAAAAAAUUUGCUAAUAAAAGAGAAUAGCAAUAACAUUAAUAAAAGUCUAUUGUCAACUAAAAGAUCUAGUCCGAAGGAGUAUUCAAUUAGCAGCUAGAUGAAUAGUGCUAAGAAAUUCAAAAAGUUGCAAUAGAUAGUUCAGAUGAAUUAAAAAGACUUGCAAGUAUCUAGACAGGUCAAGAACAGAGAUCAUUCCACAAAAGCAGACAAGAAUAAGGAAACUUAUGAUGAAGUGCCAAAUAUUUACUAUAAAGGAAGCGAAAUUACAACCUACAGAGACAUUUUAGGUUUUAUCAGUCUGUUUCCACCUGAUGGGGAUGCAAAAAUAGAGGCGAGAGAAUUGAGUAGCGAUUUCUUCGAUUAAAGGUACUUAGAAUUAGUAAGCGAGAAGAAACCCAAGAAGGAUUACUUCAAAUAGAGUUUAGGAGACAAGUUAUUGUUCCUUGAAAGAGUAGAUACCAUUGAAUAUGAUAUAUUGGAUGAGGAAAGAAAGAAACAAGCUUUGAUGCUGAGGUAAAAAUUGGACAAAGCAAGAACAGAAAAAAUGAAUGCAACGAUCGGCUAACUUUAGAAUCCCAAUCAUCAUGCUAUAUAUUGA